CACAAGCCUAUAUUGCUAUGCCAUUAAAAUUUCGGAAUGAAAAUUUUGGAUUUACCAUAAUUCCAGGAAUGAGGUUUGCUAUGGUAAUGGACUUUUUUGUUGCUAUUACGGCGAUGCAUCAUCAUGAUCUUAUUCAUGGAGAUUUACACAGUGGUAAUAUCUUACUUACAAAAAGAGAUUAUGAUAUUUUUCAUCCAGUAAUUGUAGACUUUGGCCUAAGCAAAUACUUAACUGAGGAAUUAAAAAAUACUCAAAAAUUAACUUAUGAAAUUAUUGAAGGCACACCAAUUUUUGGGGUGAAAUUAAUGCAAAGAUGCUGGGAUAAUGACCCUAAAAAACGUCCAGGUGCUAAAGAAAUGACGAAUAAAGUCUAUAGUUGGCUGAUAUCUGAAUCAGAAGUAAUUCAGGCGAUGUCUCAAGAAGAGAUUUAUGAUGG